CAGUAUCUAUUGUCGGUUGCUUCCUUGGUGACAAACCAAACAGGUUUGGUUGAAAACAGUAUUUUAAUACAAACAUCGAUGAAAUCUUGAAUAUUACAAAACAAAGAUCUAAGAAUUCAAACAUGGCACUGCCAUUUCUACCGGGAAAUUCAUUCAGAGGCGAACUGGGUAAGAACAAGUUUCACAAGUCCCACCAUUUUGAUGUAAGCAAUGAUGUGUCGAUGCUAGUUGGAGAACAGAAGCCAGGGAUUGGUGGUGAACCUUUACGGGGACAAAAGUUAAAACCAAGAAACAGUAACUAUCCUCGGGGAGAGGGAUCUAAUUUACCUGCAUGGGUUGCAUUUGAUCGUCAAGUUCUGUGCUUCGAUGCAUAUUUCCAAGAGGCAGUUCAUGAAAAGAGGGAGGAACAGUACAGAGUUAGAAACUGUAAAAUAUAUUUCUAUCUAGAAGAUGACUCCUUACAAGUGAUUGAGCCAAGGGCAAAAAACAGUGGUGUACCACAAGGAACACUAAUUCGUAGACACAGAAUCCCCAAACCUCCACCACAUGAUGAUGAGUACUACACAGUUGAGGACUUAAACCUAAACAAAGAAAUCAAUCUUUAUUCUAAAGUUUUCAAAAUCACAGACUGUGAUGACUUUACACGCAAUUUCUUGCGUAAACUCGGCGUUCGCAUGCCAGAAAAAGUUGGCGCCCCAUCUGAUCCUUAUUCCAACUAUAGAAAAGCUAUGGAUGAAUCCAUGCAGCCACUCAGACCAUAUGAAAAGCAUGACACUUUGAAACAGUUCUUGGACCAUGAUCGUCAUGUGCUACGUUUCUAUUGUUACUGGGAUGAUACUGAGUCAAUGUUUGGUGACCCGAGAGAAAUGGUGCUUCAUUAUUUCUUAGCUGAUGAUACAAUUGAAAUUAGAGAAGUCAUUCCACCAAACUCUGGGAGAGAUGCUGCACCUAUGUUCUUGCGUCGUGGAAAACUGCCAAAGAAUGUUGAGUCAUUGAAACAGCCUGGUAAAGUCACUGAUAGGACUGUACUCAAUGUUUUUGGUCCAACUGGACAUGGAGGCCGAUACAUUCUUGACAGUCUUAAGACUGGAGCUAGUCCUACCGAAUUUUAUUGUGACAGUGAUCUUACACUGGGUGCCGUUAUCAAUGUGUGGGGUAGGAAAAUGUUAGUGGUAGACUGUGACGAUUUUACAAAGGAAUACUACAGAACCAAAUAUGGUCUUGAGGACUUUGCUAGGAUACAGUAUAAACAAGAUGCAUAUGGAGGUAUACCUAAAGAAUGGCCACCAUACAAUGGCUGGGGUAGUGAGGAAGAUUCUCUCUGCUCGUGCAUGGGUCUUCUACCAAAACCACCCAAGAGAGACUUUAUUAAGUUUAUGGAGAAAGAUAGACGUGGUCUUGACAGUAACGUAUUACGAUUCCUGGCCCGUAUGGAUACAACUAAACCCAUUGAUAUGGACCGUAGAUUUAUCAUCUCCUACUUCCUGUCAGAUGACACAAUCCUUGUGUUUGAACCACCCGUCAGGAACUCUGGUAUUAUUGGAGGUAAAUUUUUGGAAAGGAGUCGUAUCAAGAAGCCUAACCAGCCACUGUACAGUACGAAGAUGUCCGAAUACUACCUGUCUAAUGAUCUGUAUGUUGGUGCCCACGUGGACUUCAACAGUCAUAGAUUCAUUCUUAUAGAUGCUGAUGAAUAUGCAUUUAGAUACAUGGAGAACGAGGCAUUUGAUUUCCCAAAAGCCAAUGUUGACGCUAUUGUAUCCAAGAUCAGACAAGCUGUUGGGUCAAAGCCAGACGAGGUGAGGUCAUUCUUCAUGCGUAACGAUCCAUCAGGGGCCGGAAUCAUACAGUAUGAGCAGCUUGGUGCCUUAUUAAGACAGAUUGAACCAUCUAUAUCCGACCACGAGAUUAUGUCACUGGCUAGAAUGUACAGUGAAAGAUCUGGAGAAGAUGCUAUGGAUACCAGGAAACUAUUGGCCAUUGCUCAAGAACAAUUGAGAAAGAGGAACUAUGAAGGAUUUGCUAAAUUGAUAGAAUCAUUCCAACAGGCUGAUAAAGACAAGUCAGGAUGUAUUGAUGGGGAGAUGGUUAGAAAUGUAUUCCAGGCCCACCAUGUACCACUGCCCGAUGAUUUAUUAAGAGCUGUAAUGUCACUGGUGAUGAAUGAAUCAGGUCAAGUUUCAUACACAGAUCUAGUACAACAGUUGAACUGGCGUGACAGCCCCAUAGCCCCCAUGCAAUACCAGCCAAUAUCGAGUGACGACUCAUGGGCCGGUAACAAAGCUGGCUCCCAAGUCACCAAAAUCGCAUAUCAACCACUUCUAGAUGCUAUCUUUGGAAAACAAACAAAUAACUGAUGAUGAAUCUGUGAUAGACGUUUUUUUUAAAAGACAUACAUUAUAAUAUGUGAAAUGUGAAUGAAAUAAAAGAAAGAGUUAUUUAUUUCUGAGUAAAACAUUCUAUAUUGUUAUCUAUGGAUUAUUUACAAACAUAAAAUUGUUGCAUAAUGAUAUUCAAGACUAACUUCUGUCCCGACAUUAAUGAAGACAGAAUAUAUAAACAUAAGCUGUUCAAUACUGAUAAUAUAUGCUUUGACAGGUUUAAUAUAUCUAUUAACUGAAUUAAUUUUUUAGAAAACAAAAAAUGAAAGUUCCAGACCAAAACUGUAGAUUAUGGUAUGACACAAAGGAACCAGUUUUGGAUUGUAUUUAGUGUUUAUCUUCGUUAACUUUAAAUGAUUUAUCCCGAUUCCAAAAUGGAUAUGUAUUAUUUACAAUAACCGAGGUUUUACUAUAAGUUACACAGUAUUAUCAAAGUAUUGAAUUACAUAUAUUUACCUUGGAUAAGACAUCUCUAUGAGUAUUGUUAUUUUAACACAGUACUCCUUAUUAAAUGAUAUACAUUUGCUUUAAGCAAUUCAGAACAACUAUGCUAAGAUAAAAGUAUUAACUACCAUUAAAGUAUAAACUAAUUCCCCGCAUAUUUAUUACACAGUAUUUUUUCUCCGAUUAUUUCCUGGACAGGUCAGUGAUCGAGGAGUUGUUUUUAAUGUUUGCUCGAGUCUGUGAUAACUUUUUAUGGAAACAUUUUACUUUUUGUUUUACUAAAUUGUUGUGAUGAUUCAAGUUAAAGAUUUAAAAAUUCUUUUUUUUUUAGAUUUGCACACAAUUAUAACUUAGAAAAAAAGGUUUUGGCUUUACUUAUGAGUGAACAAAUCCCAAUAUUUAUACAAUACAUAAAUGUUGCGAUCUAUGUGAUUAAAUUGGUUUUGAAUGAUUUGUUCUAAAUGUCCGAAUACAAUAGUUCAUUUUACAGCUAGAAGAGAAAAAAAUCAUGUUUUGCCUCAGAAUUUUAAAAAAAAAACAAUGCUAUAUUUCCAAAACACAUUUCUGAAAAUAUUCACAAAUAGUAUUUAUGAAUUUUUAUUGUUUUAUAAUAUUUUACAAGAGAAAUGUACAAUUUGUCGUUUUACAUGUAUGAAAUGUGCUUAAAUGCAUAAAAGAUAAAAAUAAAAUAUUAUUGCUAUUAAA